GCCGGCGGCCUGCGGGCGGCGCUGUGGUCUGUCGGGCGGCCCCGCGGAGCCGCCAUAGCCGCCGGCCUUCCCCGACCCAACGUCUCCGCGCCGGCUCCGCGCCGCCGCCAUGGCCGACGUGGAAGACGGCGAGGAGCCCUGCGCCCUGUCCUCGCACUCCGGGAGCGCAGGCUCCAAGUCGGGGGGCGACAAAAUGUUCUCUCUCAAGAAGUGGAACGCGGUGGCCAUGUGGAGCUGGGACGUGGAGUGCGAUACGUGCGCCAUCUGCAGGGUCCAGAUGCCUGUCUUAGAUGUCAAGCUGAAAACAAACAAGAGGAUUGUGUUGUCUGGGACUACAAAAGUUGUCUUGACUAAAUGUUGUAAGCAGUUCAAAGUGGUCUGGGGAGAAUGUAAUCAUUCCUUCCACAACUGCUGCAUGUCCCUGUGGGUGAAACAGAACAAUCGCUGCCCUCUCUGCCAGCAAGACUGGGUGGUCCAAAGAAUCGGCAAGUGAGAGUGGUGAAAGGGCUUCUUAGUGCGUUUGUCCAGAGCCCUGGGGGAUCGCCUUAUCAAGUGCCCUACAACGGCCAGGAUACUCCGGAGGACCAAGUCUUCAAAUAGGAGGAGAUGGAUCUUUGGUCCUUGAGGACUCAUCAAAGGCAUUGGGUUAGCAUUUUGUCAGUUUUAUUUUCAGAAAUUCUCUACAAUUAAGAAGAUAAUUUAUUAAAGAUGGUCUUUCCUAUCUCUGUGGUUUGUGUCACACUGCUUAGAAGUGCCAUAAAGGAGGAGAGAACUACAAAUUGAAUGACCUUUAUAAUUUACUUAUUGAUAUCUAAGCGCCUGUGGAAGCAGUUCCAUUUGGAAGAGAACUUUUGCAUGCUUAAGAUAGCUCAGUUAAAAAAAAGGCAAUGUUAUAGUAACAAAUAAAAUGCAGUUUAAAACCCAACUCUUAUCCUUAAUUUGUUCCUGAUAUUUAUUUUAGACAGGAAAGGGGGUGAUUCAUUAAAUAUUUAUUUGAUAUGACAAUUUUAAGUUUGGGCCUGAGAGCAGGGUAAAUAAGAUUUCAUCUUUGGACAUAGGGGAUUUUGCUUGUCUUUUAGGUUAUGGUCCUCUAUCAUUGACUCAUCAAAAAAACCUAGAUCUGCACACCUCACUGUUCAAUCAUUCAGUGGAAAAGAACAGGGGCAUUUCCAAGUUUCAAUCAGAUUAUGGUAUAAUUUAACUGUGUUUCAGGUGGACUGUUAAUAAGGGGGAAAUGUUUACCACUAUAGCAUCGGAUCAAAAAAAGUUUAUUACACAGUGUUUUAAUAAACAGCUUAUUCUGUUUA